CUUCCGCCCUUAUUGAGGAUUGCAGCUCAUAAUUAGAUAUGUCCCCUAUACUGAGAUUGAAUACAUGUCUCAGACCGAAGUGUACAAUUCCGGCGAACGAAAGUACUCUCACAUUCAUGGCCCGAGUGGUCCACUUGUACAUCGGCUGCUGCAUUACCUGACGGAUGACGGGAAGAACCAGAGACUUUCUCAGCAGAUAUACACGGGUGUCUAUACCGCAAAUCAGUUUCUUUACAUGGCACUGUUCGAUCUGGCUGGUGGUGUGCCGAACUGGGUCUUGCCAAUCGUCGCACUAAGCAAAUGGCUUCACUCGAUAUACGUACUUCGCCUCUUCAACGACUUUUGGGUUGUUUUCUUCGUUCUCUUGUCCUUCAUCUGUCAUUUCAAGCGGUCAUACUUCGCAGCGGCAGUGCUAUACAGGUAUGACAGCAUGACACUCGUUCCCAUUGUUUUCACGGAUCCGGAGCAGUGUCUCUCUCCGCCAAAAUGA